AUGGGAACGCCCAUCCCCGACCUUCCCAUUUUGGAGGCCGAAGACUCGAUGCUGUCCAGAAAGUUCGGGCGCGAGCUCUCAAAUUACUUCGCCGGUAGCCCCCUGAACCGCGUCGGCUUCUUGCGGUCCGACCACGCCUUCCUGCGCGCCGCCUUCUCCCACCCCUCGGCCCGCUUUCUCCUGCUGAACGAGCUCGCCCCCCUGGUCGACGAAAGCCAGCGCCGCCUCGCCUAUGUGGGCUACUCGGACGUGAAGGGCUUCACGGGCGCGGACCCGUUCGAAAAGUCCGAGGAGCAGAUGAUCAAGGACUUCAACUCGGAAGAGUUCCAUCCCCUCAUCCUGCUGCUCGGCCUCGACGAGGCGAACAAGCUGCCGGCUUCGGCCUCGGCUAGCGAUCAGGCGUUCGAAUAUAAGGAGUACAAGGGCAGGCCGUAUUUUGCUGUCGAUGUCACGCCGCCCAAGGGCGCUGCGGCGGAGGCGGCACAGGCAGCGAACAAGGUCAUCGACGCCGUGAAGGCAAAGGGCUGGUCGUUCUACCAGAACCAGCGACACAUGGGGCUGGAAGCAGGUGAAGCGGCCGUGUACGCCAACGCGCGAUCCCUCCUAGACUGGAACUCCCGCAUCCCCUUCUGCGCACAGUGCGGCAGCAAGACACUCUCCAUCAACGCGGGCACGAAGCGCACCUGCCCGCCGACAGACCUGGCGGGCGGCAAGCUGACGGAGCGGGGGCCGUGCGCAUCGCGGCACGGCGUGUCCAACAUCUGCUUCCCGCGGACGGACCCGACCAUCAUCGCGGCGGUGGUGAGCGCGGACGGGAGCCGGCUGCUGCUGGGGCGCAACAAGCGGUUCCCGCCGUACUGGUUCAGCACGCUGGCCGGGUUCCUGGAGCCGGGCGAGUCGAUCGAGGAGGCGGUGCGGCGCGAGGUCUGGGAGGAGAGCGGCGUGCGCCUCAGCCGCGUCGUCAUCCACAGCUCCCAGCCGUGGCCGUUCCCCGCCUCGCUCAUGAUCGGCGCCAUCGCGCAGGCGCUGCCCGGCGACGGCGAGAAGAUCGACCUCGGCCACGACCCGGAGCUCGUCGACGCCCGCUGGUUCUCGAUCGAGGAGGUCAAGGAGGCGCUGAAAUUUGGGGUUUCUGGGCUCGGGGAGCCCGCACCUGCUGGAUAUAAGGAGGGGGGGCUUAGGUUGCCGCCUCAGACCGCCAUCGCGAAUCGUCUGAUCACGGCGGUUGUGGAUGGGUUUGUUGGUGGUGGUGCCAAGAUUUGA